AUGCCCCCACAUCAAAAUUACCAGCAGUCAAAAAUGUUGUCCACUAAGCAACCUUGCAAGCACUGCAGUAAUCUCUAUCUACCACAAGGAAUCAAAAAGCACAAGACCAGUUCUGAAAUUGCCAAGGAAGCAGUUGCUGCUACAUCCACAUCAUUAGUGCACCCUGGCAUCACUGGGUCUUUGGGCUCUGCAGUGGCUGUAAUACCAGCACCACUCAGGCAGCUGUCAGUGGGCCCUUCACAAUCAAUUCCUGGAUCACCAACUGGCUUUGCUCUCCAUGAAGAUGACAUGUUGAUGGGUAUGAAGAGUCCUUGUGGUAGGAAUAUACCAGACUCAGCCCAAGUGGUGGGUCACUCAGUGAACUCCACUGUGCUGGAUGUCCAAAACAACCAUUGUCCUGAAUUCAAGACUGGAUUUCAUCCCCAUAGCAAGUGCCCAACACUUUUCCAAUCUGCCAAAAAGUUUGGCCAGCAAAACCUCAAAUACAUGGCCCCAGACUGUGAGCCCUGGUGCCCUUUUGCUUCAGAGGGUGAUUACAUUUUUGCUACUGUUGCCAUUGAAGCUGGGCUUAGCUCAACUCAGAGUGGUGGCACAACUAACACCACCACUUAUCAGUUUUUGAAGUUUGAAAUUGCUGUGCCCUAUAAGGGCAGUGACAUGACAUUCCCCAUCCACAUCUGCCCUCUGUGGGACUGGGCCCUCAAUUUAUUGCAAAAUCCUUUUCUUGAACCACACUUUGUCUGGGAUGCUGAACAGGUCUUCAAACUUGAUAGUGAGAUGUAUGAAUGCUUCUACACUGAACCUUGGAUGGGCAAUCAUUGGUGGGAUAUUCAAUCAUGGUUACCCAUGCAUGCAGAGAAUUCUGUUCCAUUUGCAUUUAUUCUUUAUGCUGACAAGACACAGCUGUCAUCUCAUGGUACUGUCAAGGGUUAUCCCAUGGUAGUGAUUUGUGCCAAUCUCCCAGUUCACAUUUGCAAUGGUGAACAAUACAGUGGUGGCUGUGUGGUAGGCUGGCUUCCAAUUGUUCCUGAGCUUCUGACUAUGAAGAACUUCCCUUUUGAGGAGUUUUGGGACUUAUCGAAGACCUAUGAAAUGCACACUACCAAGCAACAUCAAGAAGCACUGGUGUUAUAUGAGCAGAAGAAGUCAGCCAGUGAGAAGAAACUGAAAUCUCUUGGGUUACAUCCCAUCAAGAACAUCUUUUGGUUGGUAGAACACUCAGAGCCUGAACAGGCUGCAAGCUUUGAGCCACUUCACUCCCUGCAUGGUGGCUUGGGAGGCAAGCACAUGCAUGAGGAGCUCAAGAUUGUUGUCAAUGAACUUGGCCAUGAUUUUGAGACAUGUUUAGAAGAAUGGUAA